AGUGGGUAUGUUUUUAGCUUUGAAAACAUUUUCACACCGGGAGUUUUCUUUCUUAAAAACAUCAUUACUCAUGUUUUAAGAAUAUAACUAUAUUUAGAACAUCAGUUAAACUCGCGAGUCUCUUCGUACGAGUUCAGUGUUGUUGGCAGAGAAGACUUGACAGGACAAAUCGUAGAGGACUUUGUAGCCAGUUGUCGAUUUAUGCUGUUAUUGUAGACAUCAGCUCUCUAUUUGUAUACGCUGUCCUUGUUAUGUCACCAGAGCUGUGCCACAAAAGGACAAGCGUGUGGAGAAACUACAGCUAAUCUUAAAUAAUGCUUGGUCGCAUGUUGUCAGUAUGGUUUUGGUUUGGAUCAGACAGUCCUGGAUUCUGUUUGGGAACAUCUUCAUUGAUAACACUCAUGCUGCUGAUGUAUGCUGGGGGCAUCCAGGCAAGUCUCAGUUUAGGUCCAGGUGGAGACUUCCCAAGGUUCAGAGAUCUGUUCCUGUAUGCUCUCAGUCAUGAUGAACUACCCUCUCUGCUGGUCAGUGUUGCUCUCCUGCUGCUGGUUGGACCAUGUCAGGAACGUCGAUGGGGAACAGUCGCCUUCCUCGCUCUCUCCAUCCUCUCGAUGACCAUAUUACCUCUUCUUUACACUCUGGUGCUCUUUGUUGGUGGUGGUGAGGCGAGUCGGAUCUGUGGUUACUCUGCCAUUCAGCUGGCUCUGUUUACAGCGCAGUGUCGUCAGGUGACACAGAGGAGGCUGCUGAGGUGUUUGCCAGUCUGGUUUCUCCCCUGGAUUCUUCUGCUUAUUGGUUUGCUGCUACUUCCGGGGACACCUGCCCUGCUUCACUUCUGCUCAAUAUGCAUUGGACAUAACUAUCGUCAGCCCCUCAUUGGGAUGUUACAGGAGCUGGAGGAGGCCAGGGUCAUGGAUUUCAUUCCUGACUGGGCAUAUGUUCCCACCUCAGCGAGGUUCAGAUUGCCCACCUACACUACCUCACACAGAUCUAGAUCUCUUUCUGAGAUGAUGCCUGUAGAUCAGGCAGCUGCUCCCCCCACAAGGGACCUCUCUGUUUGGAACCACCACCCACAGAUCGAGCCAUUGCCUGCCUGGAUCAUGGAGGAGUCUGCUGCGCUGUCUGAGGCAGAGGUGUUGGAGGAGCAGAUGCUAAGGGCAGGGAUACUGGCCUCGCUACAGGACGCUCCUGACGACCCUGAUGCAAAAGUGGAAGUUCCUAAAUCAUCAGUUUCCUCGUUGCGACUCCAGCAGCUGGAGAAGAUGGGCUUCCCCACAGAGAAAGCCGUAGUGGCAUUAGCAGCCUCAAAACAGCUAGAUGGCGCCAUCUCUUUGCUUAUUGAUGACAGCGUUGGUGAGCAGGCUGUGGUGGUUUCAAAGGGAAAGAGCCUACCGCCACCACAGAGCACCUAGACAACCUCAUACUCCCGGACUGAGUUCGUAAAAACUGCAUUUGCACUUAUGCAGCAAACUGGACAUAAAUAAUGCUUGGGUUCUGCUGAGCUUUAAUAUUGUAGAUUUUCCCUGUGGGCUUCUUGUUGAACAAUUUUAAUGAUCAGAAUUCCUGGGUAAAAGUGGGGCAGAAAAGACUGAGUUGUUCUGCCUCCCCCAGUGUGAGUCUAAUUAAGUGUAAAUGCUGUUUGAGACAGCUUCUGUGUCUGCAGAUAAAAUGUACAUCUGAGAGAGUGGAUGUAAUUUAUUUAUUUGACAGUGUUUAAAUGAAUAUUGUUGGAACACAAAUGAAGACAAGUGACAUGUUAAAAAAAAACAAUGUACAUUAUUUUAUUACACCGAUCAACUAGACAAGAUUAUCUUAACACAAUAACACAUUUGCAAGAAAAAAAAGUUCAAAAUAUGAAAUGGUUACACAACAGCAUACAAAAUAAACUACAAUUGAUCAUUUUUAAAUAGUUUCACAAUAAGUUUGAUAUAAGAUGAAAAAACAAUAAUCAAGUCUUCUCAUCAGGACAGUUUAAGCAGUCCAAGUUUACCAACACAGCAGUGGUAAAAAUAUGUUCAAGUUCCAUUAACAGUUUUACUCUUUCCUAUGUGUGUGCUUGUGUUAAAGAUCUUGAAAUGGACAGCCAGUUUUAUGUCAACGUAUUUUGUUUCCAUAAUGCAACAUUAUUUAUGAUUGUUUCCACUGAUAUUCAGCCAAACCCAAAUGCAAAUGUUUGUGCAUGUUUUGCACAGAUUACAUGUAAAUAUACUAAUGUAUAAUAAAUCACUUUAUCAGUGUGUACUUUAAGGGGGGAAAACACUCACACCAGAAAACUACAAAUCACGGUUAGCAACACAUAUCUCAGUUAGAGUAAAGAUGACUUCAUUUUUUUUAGUGCACUACAUAACAUUGAGUUAAACAAUAUGAUAGAUGUAUAACAAAAUUAAUACUAGAAGAAGAGGUUUGUUUGUGUAAUUGUGUCCUGCAAACUGUACAUGCUCAAUAUACUUAAAUAAUGGAAUCUCUUCAGAUUGCAGUUACAUUGUGAAAGCAAUACAA